AUGGCAACAACAAAUCCUCGUCAAUUCACUUAUUUUUUACGUGUAAAAGAAAGUUUUAGUGCAGUGAAUGAUCCUGACACAAAGUUAUUGUGUAAUGAUUUGCUCAAUUUUAUUGACAAAUGUGCUGAAAAAUCACAAACACGCGUUUUGGAUUUUACUUCAAGAAAAUGUGAAGAGAAUAUAAGCCAAUUUUUGUUAAUGGAUCGUGAAUUUGUUGGAAGAAUGAUUGAUAAUUUUUCCAAAUUUUCGGCUAAAGGGAUUUUUGAUUUAUUGUCAAAAGAUAAUGGAAUGGUUAAAGAUAUGGCUAUGGAAUCAAAAUCGAGAGCAUUAAUUAAAGCAAUUGAAAAACAAUAUUACCAAAUUAUUUGUUUGUCUGCUCUUUAUUGCCCACUUGAAUUACUCCAAACAAUUAUUACAAAAUUGUGUGCAUUUAUUUAUAAAUAUAGAUCUGAUUCUUUAUUUGGAUUGUCAGAAUUAACUGUUUGGACUGCUUUAUUGUUAUUAAUAAAUCCUGUUAAGCUUAAACAACAUUGUGAUGGAUCUGUUGAAGUAUUCUCACAUUUUGCCAAAACAUUACAGUCUAACUCAACCUCACAAUCUCCUCCCCGUCCAGGCAAUAUUACACCUAAAACAAGUUCAAAUAAUUGUUUAAAAGGCACAAUACAAUUAGCGCUUGGAGUAGCUAUAAAAUAUGCGAGAAAUUCUUUAGAAUUUCUAUUAGCGUUUAUUGUACAAUCACCGAUAUUUAAUGGUGGGGAUGAUUUUGCUUUUACUGUUGAAUUAAUUGAUAAUAUACUGAAGAAUUUUAUUUGUUAUUUUCCAAAUAAACUUGUUGAAAUGUACAAUCUAUGCGAAGAUGAGUUACAAACAAUGGCGGAAUAUCAAAACCAAGAAAAUAAUGAAAAUUAUUUUGGAAAUGAAGAGCAACAAAAAACUUCUAGAGCACCUAAUUUUUCCCAUUUACAUUUUAAAACUUUAUUAGAAUUAAUUGCAGCAUUAUAUGAAUCAGAGAAUAAUACACAAUUAAUACAACUUUCGGCAGAAUUUACAAAUCCAAAUUGUGAAGGACUUUGUGACUUUAUUUAUCGUGGAAGAACAAUUUCAGCACCGGCAUUAAAAGUUGCAUAUUUGGACAUGUUACGAUCAUUAUGUAAGAAUGGGCAGUCAGCGGAAGUUUUCUUUAAUAUCUUUAAAUAA